AUGGAGACCACUGAAGAACUACAACAACUCGAAAUUACUGCCCUGAAGUCCAUAUAUGAUUGCGAUUUUUUGGAGCCACCUCCACCGAAAGCCUGGAAAGUACGUCUCCUUGGCUCAUCAGCGGACUCAUUCAGACGAAGUCAAUACCAUUAUUUUACAUACGCCGCUGCCACGCUACCCGAAUUCAUCAUCAAAGUUCCACAUCCAGAUCCAGCCCACGGGCUAAAGAUUUAUUUCCAUUUACACACGAAGUUUCCCAAAGACUUAUCCCACUUAGCAUGCCCCACAUUCACUAUCCAAAAGCCAAUCAAAGGUCUCAAUAAUGAAUACGAAAGUUCACUUACAAAAGCCAUCCAUGCGGAAGCCCAAAAACUUCGUGGUUCUGAGAUGGUUUUCCAGAUCGUCACGUUUGCGCAAGAAUGGAUAGCUAAAUAUAUUAACCCGCCCAUUGAGUCCCAUGGUUCGCUUGCGAACGAAAUGACAAAACGUGCAACGGACGAAGAACGGGAACGAAAGCAAAAAGCGGAAGAAGAAGCCGAACGUGAAUCUGAACGCGCUGCACAACUCGCAGAACAACUCCACGAACAGAUACAAGCUGACGCACAAAGACAUUUGAUCGCAAAGGAGAUGCAGUACAAGGCGGCAAGGCAAAGGGCUUUGUCGGAUGCCACAGAAGUCCCUCCCGCAGGCGAUACGCCCACCGAGUCUUUCAAUGAGGAAAUUGAAUUCAAGGGCGUGAAAUUCAAUACCGUAAAAAUGUUCCACCCACGAAGAGAAUGCUUAGGAACGACUUAUCUGGCGGAUCCGUUGUGCGAUGAUGUGCAAGCUACUUUACCCCUUGAAGUUCAUUCCAUCGUAUUUCAGACUGAGUAUUACAUUUCCACGCAAGGAAAAAAGAAGUUGAAACAACUAGAGGCAGAAAUCCAACGUUUAACAAACAUUCGACACCCCAAUUUAUUAAGCAUAUUUGCCGUGAAAUUGACUAUGCAUCAUACAAAUGCUCCGCCGCGUUUGAUUGUCUUAUCGGAACAGCGACCUGCAUUGACGUUGCAAGAUGUCCUCGAAGACUGUGAAUGCUUACGAGAGGAGCGUGCUAUGGAUUAUUUAGGUCAGAUAUUGUCGGCGUUAAAUGCCGUUCAUGCAGGCGAACUCGUUCAUCGAGGACUGGAUAUUUGCUGCGUUGGCCUCGCAACUCGCGAAAAUCGCAGCCAGUCAAAAUUAGUCAAGAUCGGUAAAGUAGGGUAUCAUGUAAGGCUCCAGGACCUGCACAGGUCAAACCCAUUUGGGAGUGGUAUUCUGUCAUCAAGCGAAGAAGCCGUCUUAUCUGAUGCUUGGCUAUCGAAGGACGUUUUGGAAUCUCCUCUAUCCUACACGCGAAGUCGGGAUAUCCAUCAUGUUGGAAUAGUUUUAUUACAGAUGCUUAUGGGCCGUGAUGUCACACGACAAUACAGCGAUCCUCAAGCAGCCUUACAGAGAUCCCCUAUAUCACCCGGUCUACAACAGUAUGCAAUGAGCAUGCUUGUACCUAGCAAGAAAAACCAUGUUUCUUGCCUGAGUCUUCUAGCAGAUCUCGCUGCUAUGUCGUUCCAUUCCACCGCGACCAGACCCAAAACGCCCAUGUAUAGUGGCCAUACCCAUAGUAGCUCCCCGGAGAAGGACUAUUUCAGAACACCUGCAGGGACGAGGCAGGCAAGUCGGUGGAAGGAAGACUGGGAGGAGUUGGAAUUACUGGGAAAAGGGGCAUUUGGAUCAGUCGUCAAAGCUCGAAACAAAAUCGACUCCCGCAUAUACGCCGUCAAGAAAGUACGACUACGUACGUCUCAAAGCGACACCAAGAUCUUCAGGGAGGUGAAUGCACUAAGUCGGCUAUCACAUCGUUUCAUUGUGCGUUAUUAUACCACUUGGGUCGAAACGUCUGAAAUUGCUUCGACUGCUCCAUCAUCUGGCUCUGACUCCGACGACUCUGGCACUGAGAGUGGCAUGACAUCGGUACCUCAUUCUGAGCGGCGAGGAAACUCCGAUCCUUUCAGCAUAGAUUUGGAUGACUUGGAUGAUUAUGGGUCGGGGACUCAGUCAUCGUUUCCUAGCAUCCAUUUCACCCGGUCGGAUUUAACCGAAAAGGACGAAGAUGAAGAAGAUGACAGUGACGAUCCAUUUGGAAACCUGUUCGCUUCCGAGUAUAAUGGUAUGUCUAUCCUUAUCGAUCACGGUCUGAUCGGUCUCACUCGAUUCAUUCAGGAAUUUGUGGAGCGUCAGACCUUGAGAGAAAGAAUUGCAGAAGGGCUGUCCGAGGAAGAGGCAUGGCGUUUGUUCAAUCAAAUUUUAGAUGCUCUUGUCCAUAUGUCAAGUCUUGGCAUACUUCAUCGCGAUAUCAAGUUAACCAAUAUUUUCAUUGGUAAGAGGCAAUACGGAAAAGGCGAUUGUAAAGUGGGAGAUUUUGGGCUUGCAACUUCUAGCCUAGCCGCAGUGGAUCCUUCAGACGUCUCACCUCAUCUGGGUCAUUCUGAUUCAGACAUGACCCUUGAAGUAGGCACUAAACUCUACAUUGCUCCGGAGGUACAAUCGAGGAAGAGAGGUCCUCGCAAUCACAACAAAGCGGACAUGUAUAGUCUCGGAAUCGUAUUUUUCGAAAUGAACUACUCCUUUACUACAGGUGCUGAGCGCAUUGCCGUUAUAGAAGACCUUAGAAAACCAGAAAUUUACUUCCCUAAUGGUUGGGAUCGCCCACGGCAAAAGCAAAUUAUCACACAGCUUCUCAAGCAUGAUCCAGCAGACCGUCCUACGGCUUUGGAGCUUUCUCAAAGUUCUCUUAUACCGCCAAGGGUGGAAGAUGAAUACUUCAAGGGCGCUUUGCGUAUGAUGGCAAAGCAGGAUUCGCCUCAUCAUCAGGCAGUCCUAUCUUCCCUCUUCAACCAGCCCUCCAAUCAAGUUCGUAGCUACCUGUAUGAUCUUGAAGCUGAAAUACCCGAGCAUGCAUAUCUCAACGAUAUCGUACAAGACCGGAUUUCGGCCAUCUUCCGUCUGCAUGGAGCUGUGGACAUGGAGCCUCCUCUACUCAUGCCAUGUACUAGUCUAGAGGAGAAUCAAAAUCAAGCUGUAUAUAUUGAUCGACACGGCGACGUAGUGACAUUACCGAACAAUGCCCUUGUGCCGUUUGCGCGUUUGGCGGCAAGAAACAAUCUGAAGCGAAUCAAGCGGUUCCAUAUCACAAAUAUAUAUCGGCCAAACGUUGUACCAGGUCACCCCAAGGUCACCAAGGCUGCUGUGCUUGAUAUCAUAACCCCAGACAUUACCGGCGGUCUGAUUGCUGCUGGAGCCGAAAUGCUUAUGCUUCUGAACAAUUGUCUGAAUACAUUUCCUAACCUUGCACAGAGCUACGAAAUUCACAUCUCCCACUCGAGGAUCGUUGACUUGGCGUUGAAUCGCAUUCCGCUUGACCUUCGUCCGGCUGUCAUCGACAUUAUAAACCAGUCAAAGUCUUCGGCUUUCCAGAAACGGACCUCGCUGUUGAAAAAGGGGUUACUGAGGAGUACAGCCGACGAACUAGAAGUACUUGCUGAAGUUGAUGAAGACAUCGACGUUCUGUUGAGUAGACUAGAUAAAGUUUCGCCAACACUGCUAAGCGUUAUGCAACCUGCUAUUGAAGAGAUGAAGCAAACCAUGUACUACGCAACCUCUGCUGGGUUUAACAGUCCUAUACUAUUCCACCCUUUGAUGUGGGGCGCCCAUCAUAUCCACUUCAACGAUGGUGUCCGUUUUGAGGUAGUAAGAAGAACUAGACGUCUGGAUGUUCUCGCAGCAUGUGGACGCUAUGACGGCCUAAUUUCCCAAUGCUCGCCUCCAAAGCCUAAGGCUGAUCCCAUCCGUGCAUUUGCUGUGCAAAUAGCUCUCGAAAAAAUUACAGUUGCCUUAGCUGCUUUUCAAAGUACUUCAGUCAAGGCUUUAGUGAAGGAACAGCGGUCGUUUGGCUUCUGGAGUCCGCGGCGUUGUGAUGUGUACAUUGUGUCAUAUCAACCGGGAUACCUGCAAGACAGGCUUGAGACGGCCGCAAUGUUAUGGCAGCAUAAUAUCAGUGCUGAUGUGAUGUAUGAUGCCAAUCUGGUCGAUGUCGAGCACGAAAGUCACGUUGAGCUCUGUUCGCGAGAAGGAAUACUGUUUGCAGUUUAUCCUCGUCCACGAACUGCUCGUCGAGAUCACCCUGCUUUUAAAGUGAAAAGUAUAUUGAAAGGGACCGAAUAUGAAGUCUCUCGCGCGGAGCUAGUUAGCUGGCUCCAGCAUGAAAUACUAGAGCAAAAGCGGGUUGACUCUUCUACGUCUGGUGCUUUGAUUACUCCUGAUGCCACCUCUGGAGUGCUAGCGAGCAAGGAUGUAUCACUUCCUCCGGCUGUGCAACUAAUCCUACCUGGUGACACAAAAAAACAACGCAAGCAAGUUAAACAAAUAUUCCUUGAUAGAGCUUACGAAAAAGCCACUCAGCUCAAGGUUGCUGUCCAUAAUGGUAUACCUAUGCUUGUCAUUGAUGUUCCAACCGCAACUGUGGAUAGCCUGGUCAAGAGCUCUUCUUGGAUCACCGAUGAAGAAGCGUGGAGAAGUAUUGCAGCAUCUGUGCCAAGUCUGCACAGUGCUUAUGCUCACCAAGUCAGAGAAGCCGCUGCCAAACGUAAAGCUGAAGGCCAUUCUUUCCUACUUUUGUAUGCUGUGCGGGAGGACCGUUGUCAGCUUAUGAAUCUCAAUUAA